AUGUUCUUCCAACCGAUAACAGCUAAAGAUAAAAUCACUUUCACGAAUAAAGAAGGUAAAAAGGAAACUGGUAACAAAAUCAGGUUCAGAAAUGGUUUCUGUCACGACGUUUUAACAUCGGUUGAUAUUCAAGAAAUAGUGAAAGCCGGUGGACGAAUUAUUAAAAUAUUAGAUGGUAUAGUAUACGAAGAAAAUUUUAAAACUCCACCCUAUAGAGAUUAUAUUUUAAUUUUGAGAGAUCUAAGAAAUAAAUAUAAACGAGAAGGUAAUAUUGUGGGUAGUAAUUGCAUGAAAUUAUUAGGUAAUUCCUUGUAUGGUAAAUCAAUUCAAAAAGAUAUAUCCACAACUAGACAUUUAUGGAAUGAAGCAACUUUACAGGCUAACUUUGAUUCACAUAUUAAAACCUAUGAGAAAAUUAAUGAUACUCAAUAUAUUGUUGAAAAAGAGAUUACUACCGAAGAUAGUAAAUCUACACGACUAACACCGUUUUAUCUCACAGUAAAAAAAUAA